GUAUUGAUCCGUGGACAAGAUGACAGAUGGGUCAUCGUCUUCCUUCUUUCCUGAUUUUGGGCUGCUCUUGUAUUUGGAGGAGCUAAACAAAGAGGAAUUGAAUAAAUUCAAGUUACUUCUAAAGAAUGAGACCAUGGAAUCCGGGUGCUGCCAGAUACCCUGGGCUGAGGUGAAGAAGGCCAAGCGAGAGGACUUGGCUAAUUUGAUGAACAAAUAUUAUCCGGGGGAACAAGCCUGGGAUGUGGCUCUCAAAAUCUUUGGCAAGAUGAACCUGAAGGAUCUGUGUGAGAGAGCAAGAGCAGAGAUCAACUGGACAGCCCAUUCCCUGGGACCAGAGGAUGCCAGGACACAAGAGGAACAAGAUGAGCAGGAGGCAGUGCAGGGUGAUGGAACAGAAUACAGAGCCCAAGUAACAGAAAAAUAUUGUAUCACGUGGGAUAAGAAGUGUUUAUUUGGAGAACCUGAAGAUUUUCAUCCUGGAGUUGCUCAGAAAGAUCAAGAACUGUUGGAACAUCUGUUUGACGUGGAUGUGAAAACCGGUGAGCAGCCACAGACAGUGGUGCUCCAGGGGCCUGCUGGAGUUGGGAAAACAACCUUGGUGAGAAAAGCAGUGGUAGAUUGGGCCCAGGGAAAUCUCUACCAGCAGAGGUUUAGCUAUGUUUUUUAUCUCAAUGCAAGAGAAAUCAACCAGUUGAGAGAACGAAGUUUUGUUCAAAUGAUAUCAAAGGACUGGCCCAGCACAGAAGGCCCCAUUGAAAGGAUCAUGUCCCAGCCCAGCAGUCUCCUUUUUAUUAUUGAUAGUUUUGAUGAGCUGAACUUCGCCUUUGAGGAACCUGAAUCUGUGCUGUGUGAGGAUUGGACCCAGGUACACCCAGUGUCCUUCCUUCUCAGUAGUCUGCUGAGGAAAGUGAUGCUCCCUGAGUCAUCCUUAUUGGUGACAACAAGACUCACAGCUUGUAAGAAACUGAAGCCUCUGUUGAAGAAUCCGCAUUCUGUAGAGCUGCUAGGUAUGUCUAAGGGUGCAAGAGAGGAGUAUAUUUACCAAUGUUUUGAAGACCGGAAGAGAGCUUUGCAAGUAUUCAAUUCACUAAGAAGCAAUGAGAUAGUUUUUAGCAUGUGUAAAGUCCCCCUAGUGUGCUGGCUUCUUUGUACCUGUCUGGAGCAGCAAAUGGAGAAGGGUGGUGACAUCACGUUAACCUGCAAAACAACAACAGCUCUGUUUAUCUGCUAUAUCUCUAGCUUGUUCCCACCAGUAGAUGGAAACAGUCCUAGUCUACCCAGCCAAAUCCAACUGAGCAGCCUGUGCCACUUGGCUGCCAAAGGAGUGUGGACCAUGACAUCUGUAUUUUACAGGGAGAAUCUCAGAAAGCAUGGCUUAUCUAAAUCGGAUGUGUCAAUUUUCCUGGACCUCAAUAUUCUUCAAAAGGACAUGGAGUAUGAAAAUUGCUACAUGUUCACCCACCUGCACGUUCAGGAGUUUCUUGCAGCUAUGUUCUAUAUGUUGCAAGACAGCUGGGGAACCAAGAACAGUUCCUUUCAGUCUUUUGAAGACUUGAAGCUGUUGCUUGAAAGCAACAGUUAUAAAGACCCCCAUCUGACACAGAUGAAAUGCUUUUUGUUUGGCCUUUUGAAUGAAGAUCGAGUAAAACAAUUGGAGAAAACUUUUAACUGUAAAAUAUCACUAGAGAUAAAAUGGAAGAUACUUCGGUGGCUGGAGAUGAUGGGGAACAGUGAAGAUUUUCCAGCGCAGGUGGAAUUUCUGGAGUUGUUUUUCUAUCUGUAUGAGACUCAAGAUGAAGCUUAUAUAAGCCAGGCAAUGAGCUAUUUCCAAAAGGUUGUCAUUAAUAUUUGUGGGAAAAUCCAUUUGCUUGUAUCUUCAUUCUGCCUUAAACACUGCCAAUGUUUACGGACCAUGAAACUGUCGAUAACCAUGGUAUUUGAGAAUAUGUUAAACUCAAGCCCCCUAGCUGAAAUUUGGCGAAGGGAUGGUGGUCAUAUUACUCAUUGCUGGCAAGAUCUCUGUUCAGUGCUUCAUACAAAUGAACACUUGAGAGAAUUGGACCUGUGUCAUAGCAACCUCAAUGAAUUAGCCAUGAAGACUUUUUAUCAGGAACUGAGGCAUCCAAGCUGUAAACUACAAAAGCUAUUGAUGAGAUUUCUUUCUUUCCCUGAUGGUUGUCGGGAUAUUGCUAGUUCCUUGACUCACAACCAGAAUCUGAUGCAUCUCGACCUGAAAGGGAGUGAUGUAGGGGACAAUGGAGUAAAGUCCUUGUGUGAAGCCUUGAAAAACCCAGAGUGUAAACUACAGAAUCUGAGCUUGGAAUCCUGCGAUCUAACUACAGUUUGUUGUCUAAAUAUCUCUAAGGCUCUCCUUAGAAGCCGGAGCCUGGUAUUUCUCAAUCUGUCGACCAAUCACCUAUUAGAUGACGGAGUCAAGCUGUUGUGUGAGGCCUUAGGACAUCCCAAGUGUCACCUAGAGAGACUGUCCUUAGAAAGCUGUGGCCUCACAGUAGCUGGUUGUGAGGAUCUUUCUUUGGCUCUCAUCAGCAACAAAAGGUUGACACAUUUGUGCUUGGCAGACAACAUCUUGGGAGAUGAUGGAGUAAAGCUUGUGAGUGAUGCCUUGAAACAUCCACAGUGCAAUCUCCAGAGCCUUGUGCUGAGGCGUUGCCACUUCACCUCACUGAGCGGUCAACAUCUCUCCUCUUCUCUCCUACGCAACAAGAGCCUGACACAUCUGGAUCUGGGGUCCAACUGGCUACAAGAUGAUGGAGUAAAGCUUCUGUGCGAUGUCUUUCGGCAUCCCAGCUGUAACCUUCAGGACCUGGGAUUGAUGGGCUGUGCACUCACUAGUAUGUGUUGUCUGGAUUUGGCUUCUGCUAUUCUGAACAACCCACACCUGCAGAGCCUGGACCUUGGGAACAAUGACCUGCAGGAUGAUGGAGUCAAAAUUCUGUAUGAAGCUUUGAGACAUCCAAACUGCAAUAUUCAGAGGCUUGGGUUGGAAUAUUGUGGUUUGACCUCCCUGUGUUGUCAGGAUCUCUCCUCUACUCUUAGAAGGAACCAAAACCUGAUAAAAAUAAACCUGACACAGAACACUUUAGGGUAUGAAGGAAUUAUGAAGUUAUGUGAAGUCCUGAGAUCUCCUGAAUGUAAACUGAAAGUUCUGGGGGUGUGCAAAGAGGCGUUUGAUGAGGAAGCCCAGAAACUGCUGGAAGCUGUGCGAGUUAGCAAUCCACAGCUCAUCAUUGAGCGGGAUUGUAAUGAUCACAGUGAUGAAGAUGUUUCCUGGUGGCGGUGUCCCUGAUUUGAAGAACCUGAUGUACUUUUCAAAAGUAAAUGCCUCAGUGUGAUGAGGGAAUCUUAGCUUUAGAUGCUUUAUGCCCAGACGUACUGUGUUUGAUGUCUGUUAGAUGUAGGUGAGUCACUUCUCUGUGAAAGCUCUGUUCUACUUCACAUGGGGGUUGAGAAGCUAAAAUAAAACGAAAAACCUAAACCUUGGUGAAAGGUAUGACAUGUUUUUAAUUGAAUGCAGAGCUCAAGAAUUCUGAUGUGAGAAGCCUAGAAAUGAAAGUGGAGGACGAGCCUAGGGAAGAUUAUGUUAGAGCA